UAUAAAAUACUUCACAGAAUUCACAACACUGGGCACAAAAUGUUUAAAAUGGGUUUCACUACAGACAUCUGUCCACAUUGCAUGCAAAAUACUCAGGAUAGUUACAUUCACGCCACCUGGCACUGCACACCAGUUCAACACUUUUGGAAACAAAUAACUGAGUCAUUGUCUGUUUUCCUGGGCUGCCUCAUCCCAUUAUCCCCAUCACUCUGUUUACUGGGAGACAUCUCAUCUAUAAACCUGAGCAAAACAAACUGCAAAAUACUUCUCGUGGCCCUAACUAUCGCCAAGAAAACAAUCCUCGUGAACUGGAAAUCAAGGAAUAACACACAUAUCUCACAUUGGAAAAAUUUAAUGUCAGAAUAUAUUUCAAUGGAACAACUCACCUCAUCUAUCAUUUACAAUACAACAGAACACCAUGACAUCUGGUCAUCAUUCAAUAUAUUUUUACAAACAUGACACCACUCCUCUUAUUUAUUAGUUAAUUCAUAAUGCACAUGCACACACAUAUACACAUGUACACAUGCAUCUGUCUUUCUUUCUUCUUCUCCUUCUAAUUAUUAUUAUUAUUAUUAUUUUUGUUUUGUUUUUGCUGUUGUUGUUGUUUUGUUGUUGUUGUUUUGUUUUGUUGUUUCCCCCCCACAAAUACUCUGACUUUAUGAUGUUAUGUCCAUUGUUUUGUCGUCUGCAUUGUUUAUUGUCCUCUAGGUGUUAUGUCUAUGUAUUGUCUUUUGUCUUAUAAUAAAAUAAAAUUAAAAUAAAUAAAAAUAAAAGUAGCUAAGAAAUAAAAAACAUUAAAAGUAAGUAAUAUGAGCCAUAAUAAUUUGGCUCAAUGAGAAUCAAUUUGCUGUGCAAGUAAUACGAGGGUGAGAAAUAAUCUACUUUAUGCCUUUAAAUAUUGUGCACAUGUAUACUGCUGCUUAAAGAGAACAAGGACGUGCAUAUUUCUUCUGUUAUACUAAUAACAGACUAAUAAUAAUAACCACUGUAUUGAUAAUCGAAGAUAAGUUGUGGCUGGCGGGGGGAUACUUCAGGGACAUAUUUCAUAUUUAGCUGGGCUACAACAGGGCUACUCCAGAAGUUUAUCCGGCUACAAUAACACACAGGCCUACUCCGAUGCGCGCUCCCUAAAGCCGCGGGAGUGCGCGCCUAACUUGCUGUAGCCAAUGACUGCAGAGAAGACUUUUUAGAGCUCCUUUUCGGAUUAAAAUGCACAGUUCAUCCCGUUCAACCGGGACAGAUCUAUCACCGGUUGACCGGGAGGAGACUUCCGCGGACACAGGACAUCUUUAACACUUCAUCUUCAUCUUCCUCUCGGCAUGUCAAACCGGUUCCAAGAACAGUCUGUGGACUUAUGCCUCAAGAUGAAUAUCUUCUUCCACUUCCGAGAUUGUUCCAGAGACUACGGGGGCAUCAUGUCGGCUCUGGGCUCGGACUCCUGGUGGAAGAAGACUCUGUACAUCACCGGGGGGGCCCUGCUGGCUGCUGCAGCCUACCUCCUGCACGAACUGCUAGCCAUCAGGAAGGAGCAGGAGCUGGACUCUAAAGACGCCAUCAUCCUGCAUCAGUUCUCCAGGCCGAAGAACGGCGUGCCCAGCCUCUCGCCCUUCUGCCUCAAAAUAGAGACGUACCUGCGCAUGGUGGACCUGCCCUACCAGAACUACUUUGAUGGAAAGCUGUCGCCGCAGGGUAAGAUGCCGUGGAUCGAGUACAACCACGAGCAGGCGUCGGGGUCGGAGUUCAUCGUGGACUUCCUGGAGGAGAAGCUGGGCGUCAACCUCAACAACAGCCUCACCCCGCAGGAGAGAGCCGUGUCCCGGGCCGUCACCAAGAUGGUGGAGGACCACCUGUACUGGACGAUAGCCUACUGCCAGUGGGUGGACAACCUGGAGGAGACUCAGAAGCUGCUGGCGAUGAGCGGCCCGCUGAGCGGCUCCCUGAAGUGGCUGCUGAGCCGCCUGAACGGCAGCACGGUGCGCAGGGAGAUGUACGGCCACGGCAUCGGGCGCUUCUCCCGGGAGGAGGUCUACGCCCUGAUGGAGAAGGACAUGAGGACGCUGGCCACGCUGCUGGGAGACAAGAAGUACUUUAUGGGCUCUAAAGUAUCGACAUUAGAUGCCACGGUGUUUGGACAUCUGGCCCAGGCCAUGUGGACUCUGCCUGGGACACGGCCGGAGCAACUCAUCAAAGCACCUCCUGCUGGUGCUGACCGUGCACGUGAAACACCUCCUGUUGGUACUGACCGUGCACGUGAACCACCUCCUGUUGGUACUGACCGUGCGUGUGAAACACCUCCUGUUGGUGCUGACCGUGCACGUGAACCACCUCCUGCUGGUGCUGACCGUGCACGUGAACCACCUCCUGUUGGUACUGACCGUGCACGUGAACCACCUCCUGCUGGUGCUGACCGUGCGUGUGAAACCUUCUGCGUUGUCUCUGCAGGAGAGCUCCUCAACCUGGCCAUGUUCUGCGAGCGGAUGCGGAGGAGGUUCUGGCCCGAGUGGUUUGUGGACCUGGAGGAUCUGUACUUUGAAGGAGAGAGUGAGAGCAGCAGCGUCUCCCCGAGAGGCCUGCUGGACUUGGGCCUCUUCUCGCGGACCGACACUCUGGACGACAGCGACGCCAGCAUCCACUCGGCCGGACACACACACUCCCCCAAGUCUGACCACUCGCUCUUUGACUCGGACGUGGGCACGGGAUCCGACAAUGACAUGCAGCUCAAGGAGGAGCUGAACCCCGACCCGGAGGUUUGACCGGAGGGCGGUCGUGACGGAUUGAGGACUGCGUCGGUUCUCUGGGGGAACCCGGCAGUCUGGACAGGGUGCCAGAAAGCUGGAUACACUAGUCCAGCUCCUCCACCUCCAGCACCCACAACAAUAUACCGUCUUAAUGGACAGACUGGGUAUGAAUAUGCAGAAACUGAACCUCAUCAUACCCCCUCCUGUGACAUCAGAACUGCCCCCGUGGCAGUUCCUCUUUGCCUUAUUGGUCUGGUCCUAAGAUGCAGAAGCCCCGGUGUGUGAGAGGUGACCACGAAGGACACUGGAAGGAGAGGAGGAGCGGUGCAGACGCGGCAGGUGGCACUUCACUUGCUAUGAAACGAUGCCACUAAUCACCGCGACGACGCGCGUCUUCCUGCCCAAACCCGUCGGAACAGGCGGAGACCGAUCGCGUGGCUGAAGGGAACAUCUGCUGCGUGUCGGCUGCCGGAGAGGAGACACGGAUCCAUCCUCUAGUCUCGAUUGAUCCUCGAUUGAUCCUUCAUGCCUCUGUGUGUGUGUGGGGAGAAUCUGGAUGUCUCCAUGAAGACCAGGUCCGUGGCUGCAAUUCAAGAUUCAAGAUUCAAGAUUCAAGAUGUUUUAUUUGUCACAUACACACACAGGGUGUGCAGUGAAAUGAAAGUGGCAAUGCAAUAUAGUCCUGUGGAAUAGAAGAGGGAAAGAGGGGCAGAUUUGUGCUUGUUUCAAAUACCAUUUAUUGUCUUUAUUUCUCACUUGUUAGUUAUUAUUUGCUUGCACUUUUUCAUUGGGCGAGUUGGUGCUUAAUUAAUUAAUAAUUGAUUUUAACAUCCUCAUGAGUUUAGGUGCAAUUUGUACAGUUGACCACUAGGUGGAGUCAGCAGUCCACCUGAUGCCUUUUUAUUCUGCAACAUCAAGGUCACUCCACCCUGCAGGGUAUUAAACACCUUUAAUAUUGCGGUUCAUAUUCAUAAGUGCAGGUGUUGUGCACACUGAGCUCAGCCUUAGUUCUUUCACUAAAUGGGUGAGAAUAGUCUGCGACCGCUUUUGUUGCGAUAUCAUUUAAUAUCAGUUUAAUACCACUCGAUAAUCUUAUGUGUCAAAUAUAUAUAUAUAUUUUUUGUUAAUAUUUUUUUCUCCUUACUGCUCUCAAAGAGAGAUGCUAUUUUGCUCUAGUGGAAAUUUAUUUUCACCUUAUUUCAAAUCUGCUGUGGAGGUAGAGAACAGGCCAAAUGAAAGGGGGACGUCGAUGUGUGUGAAGAACGGGACGCUGAGUGUUCUGAUCGUGAUUGUGCUGCGUGGCUGUGAAUAUUACUGCGUGUGAAUGCCAUCAAUAAAGCAGCAGAUGAAGUCUUUUGAGUCAGAAUACCAAAUCCACAGAAUUGAACAUCGCGACUUUAGAAAGCUUUGGGAAAUAAAAUGGACCAACAUGUCUGGGGAAUUGUUCUCUUUGCUCCGUGGCGUUGGAAGUGCUCGUGAUGGCAAUAUGGUUGCUGUAAAAAGAUUGUGGUGCAAAUAGAGUAGAUGUGAUUUAAGUCGAAGGGUCAGUUUCACCCAACGAACAAAAAAGCUGUCUACUUAAAUGUUAUCGAGCCAUGCAAGGAGUUUGACUCUUUAUUUCUCCAGGUUUUGAGAUACAUACAAUGAAGCUGAAUGGAUAUGUGCUUGUUGUGUUUAUUGAUUUGUCCAAGAUGUGUCCAUCUAUAGUGUCAAAUCCAUAACGCUUCUCCCCUGAUGAAUUUUAAAGAGGCCCCAUGACACCUGUGGACUAUAGUCAGUAGUUUUAUAUUAACAAGGGCUCAAUUGUGUCAUGUGAAAGGGGUCACUCGUAAUUAUGAAACCAGAGAAUUAUCUCUCUGCGGAUUCUCUAAAUUGUUGCCACAGCUUUCGGUAAGUGUGUGUGUUCAGCGAAGAAGAAGAGAAAGCUAGUGACUCGUUGGUGACCACAGUGGAGCGUCAGAGAUAUUUCCCUCAGGGUUUGGUGGAGAGCAACAAGCAGAGUGAAUAUUGGACUUACUCCGAGUGAAUGCUAAUGCGGCUCCGUGUCUGCCGGGUUGUAAUUGUUUGACGACGAGUUUGCAAUGCCGACUUCAAAAUGAGACUCUCUGCAUGGCUCCAUCCCGAGAUGUGUAACGAUGUGUGUUUGUGCAGUUUUGGGUGAGGUGACCCUUCAGACGAGAAGAAUAGAUGUGUGGCUUAGUGGCAGGAGGCUCGAGACACGUGGACUCUGGAGACCGCGUCGUCCUGCGGUUCAUAUCGCCAAAGACCCGCCCCUCGCCCGGAUUGGGCGCUUUUCAGUCGCCUCAUCCAGUCGGGGCCUCAUAUACAGUUGUUCUGCUUUAAUCAAGCCAUAUUAAAACUAAAUGUCUUGUUAUCAUCGCAUUACUGCCGGGGUAACGUUAAUAUUGUAUGUGUGGCAAAGUGUACCAUGCUGUAUGUAGAGCAGACUGAUCACAUGACCUCCGGGUGUGCAGUCAUAAACUGGAGCGACUGGUGGAUUUCAAUAAAGAAUAGCUGUGAGAAUUUUAAACAUG